AUGGCGGAAGCUGAGAUGGAUCCGAAGGAGGUUCCGGCAGAUCCUCCUCCUGUGAUUCGUCUAGGGGGGAAAUCCUGGGUAUCGGUAGCACAAGAGAAACAAGUUUUGAAGAAAUAUGAAAUAGACAUUUCGGUGAAGGAAGGGAAGCACUCGGUUGAGGUCCCUGCGGAGAUUAUGGAGCAGCCUAAUCCACUCUGGGAGGAUUUUGUGAUUGCGAGGUUCCUGGACACAGCGCCUCACAUCGCGAAAGUCCACAUGAUUGUCAAUAAAAUCUGGGCUUAUGGGGAGAAAUCGCAGAAGUUGGAUGUGAUUGAAAUGGAUGAGAGAACAAUGAGGAUUAGAAUCACAAAUGGGAGGAUAAAGGAGAAGGUCUUGCGGAGAGGAAUGUGGAAUGUAGCGGGAGUGCAGAUGGUUGUUGCGAGAUGGUCACCUGAUGUUGCUGAUCCAAAUGAAAGCUUGAUUCCAUUAUGGGUUCAUCUGACGAAUGUGCCACUCAACAUGUACUCUUGGAAGGGUUUGAGUUUCAUGACAAGUGCAGUGGGAAUCCCUGAUCACUUGCAUCCAGAAACGCUUGCCUGUACUAACUUUGAGGUUGCAAAGAUAUUAGUUAAGGCAGACUUGUUAAAGGAGUUGCCUAAAAGGAUUGAUUUCAUAAUUCAAGGUGAGAAGGUAGAGGUUGAUUUUGCGUAUCCAGGGCUGCCUCCUCGGUGUAUAAACUGCGGCAAAUGGGGUCAUUAUGAGACUUUUUGCAAAGUAAAGAAGAUGGUAAUGGGUGAGGAGCUAAAAAGUCCAAAAACUCCAGUUGCUGCUACUGUGAUGAAGGGGAAUGUUGAUACAGAGAUAGUACAGAUUGCUUUGGAGAAAGAUAAGAGAGGACAUGAUGAGGUGAUGAGUUUGAGUGGUGGUAGUAAAGAGAGGACGAGCUUGGUGGAAGGAACGAGUAAAGAAUCUAUUCUAGAAGAUGGGGAGAUUAAUGAAUGGAAAAAAGUUUCUGGAGAGGUUAGGAGGACUCCAAAACCGCAGAGUCUAAAAUAUGAUCAAGAGAGUAUUGCUACACCUUUUCGAUUUGCGGCGUUGAGUAAUACGAAUGAGAAGGGUGAAGCAAUAGCAACAGAGGAUAUAGAGGAAAGUGAAGAAGUAGGAACUGAAGAAGAGGAGGAUAUAUUUCAAAGUAGGAUUGAGGAUAGUGUGGAGGCAAGGGAGAAGGGUGAGUUUUUCUGUUCUUUUAUCUAUGCUCUCAACAGUAUGGAGGAAAGAAAAGAUUUAUGGAAUGAUUUAAGGAGUCAUGGAGAGGCACAAAUGUUCAGAAACAGGAAGUGGAUUCUGAUGGGAGAUUAUAAUGAGAUUUUAGAGGGGGAAGAGCAUUCGGGAUUUGCAGACUCGCCAAGAAUACCAUUGGGUAUGAGGGAUUUUCAAGAGGUAGUAAAUAUGUGUCAGCUUACGGAUAUGGGGUAUCAAGGGCCAAGAUAUACUUGGUGUAAUAAAAGGGAAGAGGGUGUGAUAUGCAAGAAGCUGGAUAGAGUUCUUGUGAAUGAGGAUUGGAUUAACAACUCGGGAGCUUACUGUGUUUUUGAAUCGGGGGGUUGCUCGGAUCACUUGCGCUGUCGCAUUCAUCUAAAGAGGGUAGAAGCUCCAAAGCGUAAACCUUUCAAGUUCACAAAUGCAAUAGCGCGUAUGCCAGAAUUCAUUCCACUUAUGGAGGAUAAUUGGAAGGAAUAUGAAGAUUUAUAUGUUUCUACAUCAGCUAUGUUCAUGUUAACUAAAAGACUGAAGGCGUUAAAGCAACCAUUACGGGAGCUAAGUAAAAGAAAGUUGGGGGAUUUGCCAAGACGAACGAAGGAAGCUUUCAAGGAGCUUUGUAUGAAACAGCAGAUAACAAUGGAGAACCCCAGUGCGGAGAAUAUCAGAGUUGAAGGAGUUGCGGAGGAGAAAUGA